AAUUCUCCGAUGUCGAGGGCACAAAGCGCUCAAGAUCGCUCUUUGCCUCUCUCUCUCUCUCUCUCUCUCUCUGCGGGUCUUCGCUGCAGAUCUCUUUGAUCGGAUCGCUCCGGUGCUCGAUCCCCGAGGAGGCAUGGCGGAGCAGCUCACCGACGAGCAGAUCUCCGAGUUCAAGGAGGCCUUCAGCUUGUUCGACAAGGACGGAGAUGGUUGUAUCACUACUAAGGAGCUUGGGACUGUGAUGCGUUCAUUGGGCCAGAACCCUACAGAAGCAGAACUGCAGGACAUGAUAAAUGAGGUAGAUGCAGAUGGAAAUGGGACAAUCGAUUUUCCUGAGUUUCUCAAUCUGAUGGCUCGGAAGAUGAAGGAUACCGACUCUGAGGAGGAGCUGAAGGAGGCCUUUCGAGUUUUUGACAAGGACCAGAAUGGCUUCAUCUCUGCUGCUGAGCUGCGUCAUGUCAUGACCAACCUCGGGGAGAAGCUGACAGAUGAGGAAGUUGAUGAGAUGAUCCGUGAAGCUGAUGUCGAUGGAGAUGGUCAAAUCAACUACGAGGAGUUUGUCAAAAUCAUGAUGGCAAAAUGAAUCCAAGAAAACUCACAUAGCAAUUAUCUGGAAAGCUGCAUUUUUUAGAUCGAAAGAAAGAUGACUCUGCCCGUGCACUUCUAUCUUAUCCAUGGGUGUAGCUUUGCACUAAGUUGCCAGUAUAUUGGAUUCUUUCCUGCCUGCUUUUGUUUCAGAAUGCUAUGAGUUUUGCCUGGGUCUUGUAUGCAGGCCAGUUCUUUUCCACUCUUUUUGUUCAAACUCUUGUUGAUCUGGAACAAGGAAGAUACCUUCUUUGUGUUA